UGUUCCCGCUGCCCGCCGCUCGUUCGCCUUGUUCUCAUCCCUCGAGACGCGCGAAACGAGGUAAAUCGGGGCGCGGUGGAUCUCAUUAUCGCCGCCUUACCGCCCACGCCGCCCUGCCUCUGCCAUCCAUCAUAGGGGUCCUCCUGACCAGCAAAAGGCCGAAACAGUACCACAGUUCGACGCAUUGCCACGAGCGUCGAGUUUGUUUCUGCCGGAUACCACCUCAGCCCAGCCCAGCCCGCCUUCUCGUACUGCUGUGCUGCUGCGGGCGCUGCUCCCUCCUGCUGCCGUCGCUCGAGCUGCUGCUGGAAUGCGGAGUUGCAGCGACAUCUCCAUUCCAAUCUUGGCUGCAUGCUUGGGGUGAAGUUUGAGAACAAAGACGCGCAUUGGCAACCACCACCACUUGCUCAUUCUCUUGACGCUGCCUGUUCCUUCUUCAUCGCCACCACCCUCCUUCGAGCCUCCCCAAUUUGAGAAGCGAAGGAGCAAUCUGUUUUCCCACCAGCCGUGCCGCCGCCAAAGCCACCCAAUUCUUCUAGACUGCGCGCCUCAAUCGACAACCUCGCGGCUCUCUGCGCGCCGCGUUCUGGCGCCCGCCGUCCCUGCGUAGCCUCUCCUGCCCUCCGCCCAAAAGAAUCGACCAGUGCGCCCCGGUCGACACUCAUUUCCGCCCAUUGCUUUCGUCACUAUCACGAGCUCGUAUUUGGUAUAGAAGCUUGGUAUCCGCGACGAUACGAGAACCGCGUAUAGAAACAUCCUCCACACGAGCCGACCAUAUAAUAGCCUCUCAGAGACCAGCGCCGGCCAUGGCGCAGACGCAGGAUGCUUUUGCAGCGUCGUACAACAAGCAACUGCCCGACACACCCGACUCGCCAAACAGCGUGCAGUGGGAACCAAAAGAUGGUCGAUUGACCAGCACCGAUACGGCCGUCAGGCCUGGCACGCCCACUUAUGGCGAAUACUCGCACAACCGAGAAAUUUCCAAUGCAACGAUAGAAUCCACCCCUCCACGAGACUCGCCAUCAGUGAGGAGAAAGCCCGUUCCGAGUAGUCUACAGCCUGAUUAUGGGCAAGGACCAGAAGUCCGAAUACAGCAUGCACCUGCCAGCCCAGUCAAUAUCAGCCCGGGGCAUAUGUUCCACAUUGAGGGAGAACAGGCGGCAAUACAAAUGAGCGAGGAAAAUCGACGCGCUUCUCGAGACACCGCCACACCAGACUCGGGCUAUCGGGGAAGCGUCAGCUCUUUACCGAUGAGGCCGGCGCAAAAAAGUUCGAUUGGUGAGUCGAGCCAUAGUCGGAAGUCAUCAGGCUCCUUUGAUCCAAAUCGCAUCGAGGAAGAAGGUGAAGAUGGAGAGAAUGGCAACACCGAGGACAACCCGGGUCUGCAAUACCAUGCAUUUCCGGAGACAGCCAAAAAGCCCAACAAUCGAGUUUCCCAAGCAACGACAAAUUCGAGCGGUUCUGGUUCGUCAGCCGAAGGCAAACAUCGUCCAUCCAAUUCAUACUCUGGGUCGGCGGGUCUUGCGGUACCGCGUACAGGGCUGACAAGGCCCGCAUCAGCAUAUACUCUUGGAGGAGAAUUGCGGGGCAGGACACUAUCACCAUUGAGCGCGAACGAGUCCGACUCGAGCUCGCCCGCAAGAAAUGGUCGUGAUCUUUCAACGCAACGACGCUCACCUCUUGCCCGCCCGCACAGUUAUGUCGAGCUUCUUGCAAAUGUCCCGUACAACCAGCAAGUUGCUCCCAGUGGACAGCUCAACAAUGCUGGCCUGCAAUCAGUGGUUGGAAAUGCCGCCAGCCUACUGCAGACGAAGAAAACCCUUGAGAUGUACCGCGCGAAUGUGAAGAAGACGCACGAUGCAGCAGUGCAGUACGAGUUCGCUGUUUUCAUGGUCAACUCUGCGCAUGAAAUAGCUCCUGGAGAUGACCUUGAUCCCGCGGAAUUGAUUAACGAAGCUAAGCACAUCUUACAAAGACUGGCAGAUCGAGCAUAUCCCUUCGCUCAGUACUAUCUCGGGGAUGGGUACUUCAGUGGAUUGUUCAACAAGGGUAAAUCAGACUAUGAUAAGGCGUUCCCACUUUUUGUUGCAGCUUCGAAACACGGACAUGCAGAGGCCGGAUAUCGUGCAGCUUUGUGCUACGAAUUUGGUUGGGGUUGUGCAAAGUCCUACCCCAAAGCUGUACAGUUUUACAAAGCCAGCGCGUCGAAGAAUCACCCUGGAGCUGCAACACGACUAGGACUCGCACAGAUCAAAGGCGACAUGGGUCUUGACUUCAGGAUUAGGAAUGUAUACCGAGAGGGCGUCAAGUGGUUGAAGCGAGCUUCCGAAAGCGCUGAUCCCCAGUACAACGCCGGACCUUUCGAGCUUGGGUUACUGCACCUCACAGGCUACGGCGAUGACAUUUUCAAGGACGAGGCAUACGCCGUGCAACUGAUCACACAAGCCGCAGAGCUGGGCCAUGUACAGGCCAACUUUAUGAUGGGACAAGCCUACGAGAAUGGACUGCACAGUUGCCCCAAAGACGCAGCAUUGAGCGUGCACUUCUACAAUGGAGCUGCGUCGCGAGGUCACGUCGAAGGCAUGAUGGCACUAUGUGCGUGGUACAUGGUUGGAGCGGAGCCGGUGUUGGAGCGAGACGAAGCCGAGGCCUACAUGUGGGCAAAGAUGGCUGCGGAGACAGGCUGGCCAAAGGCUGAAUACGCUGUCGGAUACUUUACAGAAAUGGGCAUCGGAUGUCGCCGCGAUCCGCUCGAAGCUAAUGUCUGGUAUGUGCGAGCUGCGGACCAAGGCAAUGAAACUGCACGGCAAAGGCUGGCCAUCAUCCGAGCUGCAGCGAGCGGUGACCCAGGCAUUCCAAUGAACAGGGAACCAGCGAAGAGCAAGGAGUUGGGCGGCAAGAAGAAAUGGGGACUAUUCUAGGACAAUUCCCUUGUCAGUGCAGGACAAUCGAGCACUCCAGCAGUGGACCUCAGCUCGGACGAAACUGGACUUUGCUCGCGUUGGAGACCCAGGACCAAUGUCAUCUGGGGCAGCUGCCGUACUGCUCCGUCACCACUGCAAUUUGGCGAUCUGCUGGCGGUCUUUCAAGCAUUUGGCUUUCGCAAACGCGCCCAUGUUUGUUCAAUCGGCGCUGCGCUGUCACCGCAAAGGAGCGCUGUGAGGAAAACGUAUUUGGAACAGCGUGGAAAUCAGAAGUGUACAAAGAUGCGGAGAAUUUUUUGGAGGUCAUGAGCAGGCUUAAUGAGAUGCAUCUCUCGAGAUCAGCAAUCCGGAUUUCUGGAAAGGCGCAGCAUCGAUGUGUUUGGGGUCACCACUCAUCUAUAUUAGAUUUUGGGGGCUGGGGAGGCGUAGAGGUUGUUGGGCACUCUUGGUGUUAUCAUUCGGGAUACUCCAUUCGCGCGGGCUUUUCAUCAUCACCAUCAUCACGAGCAUUUGCAUUUGAGAGUGUUUUCAAAAGGGGAAUGGGGUUUGACAGGUUCAUUGUAAUGUAUCAUGAGUGGGAAUCGGACGAGGCAUGGCUUAGACA